AUGUUCCAAUCGUUUACUGGGAAUUCUCGCCGGCCCAGGCAAGUGAACCUCUCCGGCCGCAACGUCAACCCGUUUGCUUCGUCUCCAGCAUCCGGCCGACAAACACCGCAUGGCUACGGCGCCCAGAAUACACUUGCUAUUGCGCAACAGGAGCGAUUAAUAAGACAACAGGAAAGAGACCGGCUCAACUCGGCUCGUCUUUUGCAGAGAACAUGGCGGGGCUAUCUGAGCAGAAGAGCAGCUCGCAACGCCUGGAGAAUGGACUGGGAUACGAACGAACAAACAAGAACUGGAACAAAAAUAAGUUUUGAGAAUGGUGAUGUCGAUCAAAUCCAAAAGGCGGCUGCGUACCCGUCCCUGGACCAGUGUCGGAUACAACUUAGACUUUUGUUGCAGUUCUUUGAAGCUUCCAACGAUAGCGACGCCUUACGCCUCCUUUAUCUCUCGAAUGCUCUCAGAAAAACGUUGGAGGAAGUGUCUACAAUGUCAGAUGAAGAAGGAUGGACAUCACUCCUUGCCCGCCUAGCGAAAAUAACGUUAAGGCUCACGCUGAAGUUGGCUUCUCCAACCAGGCAGUCAAGUCUACCCGGCGACUUGCUGUUGCGAUCACUCUGCUUCUUGAUCGAUCUCGUCCCGAGACAGAUGGCUAGACUUGCUGAAGAUUACUACACCGUGAUGACGACGUUGACCAUAGAUGUUCACACGCUGUCGAAGAAACUAGGAUUUUCAACCGAUCAACUGGUCACCACCACACUCGCCCUGUUACAGCCCAUUACGGCAGACACGUCGAACGCUUAUGAAUGGUUCGCUCGCAAGUACCUUACGAUACCUGAUCUCGGCAGUCAUCUUGACCAGCUAGAUAUGAUAGCAUCCAGGAUCAACUACAGACUUCUGGCUAAAUCGCUGGACUCUUAUGCACAAGGAACCACUGGGAGACAACUAAAUAAUGAGGAUUUAGAAUCUCGCUCGUGGCUCUUGGCGUAUUUCAUUUACUUCCGUCGGUCUGCAGUCAGCGGGAGCUCAGUGGAAGAAGCCCCAGAGCCUGAGUUUGUUAAAGUUGUCUCUAAUCUGCUGAACUCGGUCGCUUUGUUUUUGUCGAGGCGUCUUGAACCGGAAGACUCCCUCGACAAUGACGAAGCGCAACAGCCCCCACUACACCCCUUUAUCGAGGAGCAAAUCAGCAGUCUUGUGAACCAGAGUAGCAUCACCGGCUUACUGUACAAAGUUAGACCCAGUGAAGCACCAAAGGAUCUCAACGAGUCCUGUUCUUUCAUUUCAGAAGAUGCGAAAGCUUUGGCUUCGUACGCUUUGACGCUUCUGAGAGUUUUUCCUCGACGUGGAGACGAUAUUCGCAUGUGGCUUUACCUAGGAUCUACCACUUCUUUGAGCUCGUCUACAUCACAGCCGGGUGUUAGAUUGCCCGCGAUCAAAUACUUCUGGAGAUUGAGCAGCGCAACUGAUCUAUUUGCCAAGAUCAGCCGUGACUCGAACGGAGUCCUUCCUUUGCUACGUCCACCAUCCGGCGAUGCGACAAGCAAUAUACAGCGUGAACAGGACUGGACGAUCAUCCUAUUGUUUUUGGAAUUGUAUACCUUCUUGUUGAAGGUUAUGGAUGAUGAGGAGUUCUUUUCCAAUGAUUCAGUAUUAACGGGGGUCAACACAACAUCUUCCUGGACGCGGGAAAGCGCCUUGUCGUUAAAAGAUGUGAAAUUCUUGACGCUUUUUCUCAAAAAUCUUGGGUUUACAUUGUACUGGAACGCGGCUGAUCUCAACGAGACACAAGAUGUCGAAAGCACUGGUCCUAGUAUUAUGAAAUACUUUUCACCUUCCAGUAAUCAAAACGAGCCCUUGCCAAGUGUGCGUGAAUUGGAACAGAGGAAUAAGGAAAAGGGCUUACCUGGAGUCACUGGAAUUCCACUUGAUUACUUCAAGGGCUUAGUCACUGGGCUCUUGAGAAUGAUACACGAGCGAGAUUCUCGCCGCAAAUUUCUCCCGGAGGGCUACUGGCUAAUGACGUCGCGUUUCGAUAUGGAAGGAUUUAUCUCUGCAGUUGUUGCUGAAGAGGAAAACCGACACCAACUUCAAGAGGAUGAGGAGAAUGAGGAUAGUAAUUAUGUGGACGAAAUGCCAUCGCAAUCGCUCGGAUUGAUCGGUACAGGACGAGCCCAACAGGCACGACGAAUUGAAGCUUUCCGGCGUCAUCAACAACAAGCAGCUCGACGAAAACAACUGGAGGCACUUGCACCGAGACUUGAAAUUUUGAGAAAUAUGCCAUUCUUCAUUCCGUUUGCUACACGAGUCCAAAUCUUCCGUGAAUUUAUCUAUCGUGAUCAGAUGCGACGAAGACAAGGGUUCAUUGAUCCCGAUUCCUGGCGUAUGUCGGUCUCGGCUGCGUCUAUGGGUCGAUUGCUUGACGGCAAUGCCGCAGCAAGAGAUAUACUAAGUCGUCAUCAUGCGAGCAUUCAUCGUGAAAGUGUUUUCGAAGAUGCAUUUGAUCAAUUCUACGAGCUUGGGGAAGGCCUCAAAGAGCCAAUCCAGAUUAGCUUCAUCGACAAGUUUGGUACCACGGAGGCCGGAAUCGAUGGGGGUGGAGUGACCAAGGAGUUUCUGACAAGCAUUACGAACGAAGCAUUUAUGCCCUCAAACGGCCUUGAUCUGUUCGUUGAAAACGACCAGAAUCUACUUUACCCUAAUCCAACUGCGGUGGAGCAACGCAAGGAAAUCUUACGACAGAUAGGCUGCACAGAAGGCAGUCCUCAAUUUGUGGAUGGCGUGCGAGAUCUACUCAAGCGCUACGAAUUUCUCGGCCGCGUGGUUGGAAAGUGUCUCUACGAAGGCAUCCUUGUUGACGUUCACUUUGCAGGCUUCUUUCUUCUCAAAUGGGCCUUGACUGGCGGCUCGACAUCUGCUCGACGGGAAUCGGCGUAUAGGGCCAAUUUAAAUGAUCUCAGAGAUCUAGAUGAGGGGUUAUAUCAGGGAUUGCUUCAACUGAAGAAUUACCCUGGUGACGUUGAAGACUUCUCUUUGAAUUUCACGGUCACCGACACAAUUCCUAUUCCUGGUUCGAAACCUCGCAUCAUUACGAAAGACUUGAAGCCUGGAGGUGCCAACAUUGCCGUCACUAACCAGAAUCGACUUGUCUACAUAUCCUACAUUGCUCGCCAUAGGCUUCAGAACCAGCCCGCUCCACAGACAAACGCUUUCCUCAAAGGACUCGGUGAAAUAAUUCAGCCUUCGUGGCUAUCCAUGUUCAACCAGUCAGAACUACAGACACUUGUUGGUGGGGAUGCUGGUGAGAUCGAUGUCGCCGACCUCAGACGCAACACGCUGUACGGUGGUGUGUAUGUGAUUGGCGACGACAACCAAGAACAUCCCACCAUUCAGCUUUUCUGGCAAGUUAUGCAAGAACUGUCUAAUGAGGAGCGCCAGAAAGUGCUGAAAUUUGUGACUUCGACUCCACGCGCGCCUCUACUAGGAUUCAGCCAUUUGAAUCCUCGGUUCAGCAUCCGAGAUUCCAGCGACGACCAGGAUAGACUUCCAAGCACAAGCACCUGUGUGAAUUUGUUGAAGCUCCCCCGUUACUCCAAUGCCCAUACGCUGCGGCAGAAACUUCUUUAUGCCGUCAACUCUGGGGCUGGAUUUGACUUGAGUUGA